AUGUGUGACGAGUCUAGCUACAUUAGUAAGCCUAUUUCCACUAUACAGGAAUUGGUACACUGGGACUUCCCGUCUACAUCGAAUCUUACAAUACCUUUAAGCUAUUUCAGUGACUUUUUAAAUGACUUUGGCUUUAUUCGUAAGUCCUCUGGAUUACCUAAAGUUAUAUACUGUCAUGAUAUGGCUGGCGGUUAUCUGUCCUCUGAUCGAACAGUCAACUUCACUUGUGUUUUUCCUGCUUUUCGAUUCGUUCAUUGGCACUUGGUUGACAUAUUUAUUUACUUCAGUCAUCAGUUCAUAACUAUACCGCCAGUCUCAUGGAUUAAUCUAGCACAUAGACAGGGUGUCAGUGUCUAUGGUACUGUAAUUAUGGAAUCAGUGGAGUGUGAUGGAUUCAAAUUCAUUUUUAUGGGUUCCUCGGAACAUUAUCGUGAUGUCAAUAAAAUAUCAAACUAUAAGGAUUUUGCCAUACGUUUGGAUCAAAUAAGACGAGUUGUUGGGUUUGAGGGUUGGUUUAUUAACUUUGAAAUUUCUCUACCCUGGAUUUGCAUUGUUCUUUAUUUAAGGUAUGAUGCACUAACUUGGUCUGGCCACUUAAGCUUUCAAAAUGAAUUGACCGAAGAAAAUUUGCCGUAUAUGAAAGCUUCUGGAAGUGGUUUAUUUCUCAAUUAUAAUUGGAAUCCAGUUAAGUUACGACGAUCACAAGAGGUUGCUGUUAAUUCUUCAAUGUCAACAAAGGUGUUUGUCGGUAUUGAUUGUUUUGGUCGUGGUUGUAUUGGAGGCGGUGGUUUCGGUACAGUCGAAGCACUGAAAGUUGUUUUAGAUAUUAACGCUUCUAGACCCGACCGCCCAUUAUCAGUGGCUUUAUUUGCACCUGGUUGGGUGUUCGAAAAGUGCGAUUUGACAGAAGCAGCUGGUGAUCCAAUCAAAGCAUUCGGCUUAUUAGCAGAGAUGAACACAAAAUUCUGGUCAUAUUUAAGUCCAUUAAUUUGUCGUCUACGGGGUGUGAGUAGUAUUGAUAAUGUUACAAUGCUAUAUAAACCUACACUUCCCAGUCUACCGGUUAUUCAAUUACCUUGUGAUUUAUGUGAAAAAUAUGAUUCAGAUAUUUUAUUUUGCACAACAUGUUGCUCUGGUCAGGGUUUAUUACCUCCAAAGCCUUGGACGGCACAAAAUGAAAUGAUAUUACAGUACGGAAGUCAAAUGGGUCGGCAACAAAUAUUUCCAACUUGCCGUGAACUAAACAAAUCAUUGACUGAUAAUGACAUGACGAAAUUUAGUUUUUCCGCUGUCCAAAUCUUGGAAACAGGUUACGAAAAAUUCACAGGAACGUGUUUAUGUAUACGUUUCGAACAAUCCGAUAUAGUAGUCGAUUUUGAGCAACAAAAAUCAAAUGAUUCACUAAUGGAGUUAUUUCUUUUUGGUCGCAAUUCAUUUAUAUCUGAUAAAGCACAAUUCAAACUAGCCAUUACUCUAUACACUUUAAAUAAGGAGACAUCUUUGCCAUCUGAACAACGUUUGGACCAUAAAAUAGGUUUAAAACUGUUUGUGGAUACAUUUCAUUUCCCGGAUAAAAAUGAUGGUGAAACUAAUUUUAAACGCACAUUUCUGACAGCUGAUGAGGAAAAAACUGAAUUGAAAAACAAUACACCUUGGUCUGUACUUCAUUACAACGUAACUGAUCUCAUUUUUGAUCCCAAUAAAAAUAUUUCAGAGUCAGAAAAAUUUUCAAAUACAACAUCUUCAUCACAUUGUAUCCAUCUACAUCGUAUCGGUUUAACUUGGAGUUGGAAUUCGAUUUUACAUACUUAUGAUAAAUCUAUCAUGAACUUCAAUGGUUUUCUUAUAGGUUUAAUUGAACUACGUGAUCCUCAAUGGCCAUUGGAAAAUUAUUUUGAAUAAUAAAUUGAUUAACUAAUAUGAUUCAUGUGUUUUCUUCACACAUCUUUCACUCUCUAUUGAAUUUAUUUAUAUUCUUUUCUUAUUAUAUCUCAUAAUUUUGCAUGAUUUUCGUAUUGUUUUAUUUUUCUUCAAAAAUUUUUAUGUUACUGUGACCAACAACAUAAUUGUUGUUAUUGAUAAUAUGACUACUAUGACUUUCAGAUUUUUAUACUUAGUAUCUUAUUAUCAUUUGUAUUAUUUAUUAAUAGUUUCCCUACAUAAACAAUAAAAAUAUCGACUUCAACCUUGCAAUGAUUUCUCUGUCAAUGGUAUGUAUGUGUAUGAGUCAUGUUUUCAAAAUAAUUGUAAUGAUCCAUUAUCUUCUAGAUGUUGUACGAACUAAUUUUAUUAAAUUGUUAUCUUAAACAGAGCAAGAACGAAUAUUGCUGCAGAAUAAUA